AUAAAUAGACUUUGUGCAGUAGAAGAAAAUGAUUUUUGCCGGAAGCCAUUUGACUGCUUAGAUUUCCGUGGGGAGAAGAAGCCCAUUGUUUCAAAUAACGUACAAAGCGUGGAAAAACUCGCCCCUUCAUUUGAGACUCGCAGCCUCACACAAACAGCGGCGAUGGACGCCGACGCAUAUAAAUAAUCUGAGGAGUUGGAUCGACUAUUCCAUUAAUACAUCUCCGACGAAUUCGUCAAGCUUUCACGACAAUGGAGGUGGCGGUGAGGAACAAAGUGCAGAGGCUGUACGACGCAUGCGCCAGUGUCUUCCGCACCGGGGAGGAUGAACCGCUCACGUUCGAGCAGAUCCGGUGGCUGCAAAGCCUCCUGGAUGGCGUGGGGCCGGCCGACGUCGGAAUCGAUGGAUACGGAGACGAAGGGCCGCGAGUAGAUGAGAGGAGUCCGACGAGCCGCCGUGGACUGGUGCUAGGGCAUGCGUUGGAGCAGAUUACCUAUAUACACAACCAUGAGUGCCAAGAUUUCUCGAUGGGGGUAUUCUGCUUCCCGGCUGGUGCAACGAUGCCUCUGCAUGAUCACCCGGGAAUGGUGGUGCUCACCAAGGUUUUGUACGGUUCAGUGUCAUGGAACGCCUAUGAUUGGGUCUCCAACCCCAGAAAGAAUGGACUAGCAAAGGUUGUGGCAGAAGAACGCAUACUCCAAGCAUCCACCAGGACAUCGGUCUUGUUCCCGAGGAGCGGAGGAAACAUACACUCUUUCACUGCUCUAACUCCCUGUGCUAUACUUGAUGUGUUGACUCCUCCGUAUUCUGAUGAACUUGGAAGGCCAUCAACCUACUACAUCGACAUACCCAUACCUUGGCUUCCGGGUUUCUGCAUACUUGAAGAGGCAGAAUUGCCGGAUGAUCUGGUCGUUGCCGGAGCGCCAUACCUUGGUCCUGAGCUCAUUGUUGGUGAUGAAGAAGAAGAAGAUGAUGAUGACAUGUAUUGAUUAGCUUUUCUUGUACACUGCACAUAUUUUUCCAGUUGUACAGGUUCAGCUAAGUCGGAUAACUUCUGCUGCUUCCCGUGAUGAUAAUGAUGUAAAGAGAUGAUGAAUCACUUGACUUUUUUUUUUUUACCUAAAAAUUAAUAUUGAUGGAAGUAUAAAAAUUAAAUUAUUUUUAUUAUAUAAAAAU